CGCUAAUUAAGUUCACGGUCACUAAGACCGUGAACUGAAGUUGUUGCCCGUGAACUCGUGCAAGCGAAGCGGUGCGUUUCGACGCCCAUCUUGAGUUCACGGACGCGUUUCAGAGUUCACGGCCGUGAACUGAACAUGAUCCCUGUUUAAAAGAAGAGCUGAAAGGAAUAGAGAAAGGAGAGCCCAAAGAGUGAGAAAGUCUUCUUCUUCAGAUUUUAGAGAGAGAAAGACGAACCAAAGGAUAACGAGGCUAGGGUUUUGCUCCAAGAGUGGAUUUGGGAAGAUUCUCCCCAAGAGAAGUUCAACACAAGUGUAAAGAAGAUUGGAAGCCUCUCCAUGAUGGUUUCUACCACUUCCCCUUGUGUUUCUCCCAUUUCUAGCAUGGAGUAGAUUUCUUUUUCACUUGGGUGUUGUGAAACCCUAACUAUCUACCAUGUAGUUUUUGUUAUGUGAAUUGAAUGAUUGUGUAUGGGUGUUGUUUAAUACAAUGAUUGAGGUAUUAUUCAUGUUGAUUGUGCAUGUUUAUGCUUAGCAAUCUAAUUGGGCAAUUUAACCUAGACUAGAGAGGGAAAACCCCCUUUCAAGGGAGGCUCAAUGGAGUUGGUAUUCCUAGGGAUUUUUUAAGUCGCAUAUCUAGGUUAAUUUAGGUCAAACCUCGAAGUUGGAUUAAGAAAUUUGGUUAAGCGCGAUUAAGCUGACCAACCUUUUGGAUUGAGUGAGGGAGUAAGUCAACCAUCGAUUACCUAAACUGAGAGGGUCGAGUGAAAGCCUAUAAUGUAUCCCUCGGUUUGGCAAUCGAAAGUGUGUUCUAUGACCACAUUUGCGUCCCCUAGCGGUUCGCGGUCACCUUGCCCAUAUCAAUCGUUUCGAUUCACAUACCAUGGUAGUAGUUAGGGGAAGCGACACCCGAGUGAUCCUUCUCAUAAAGAGCUUUCAAAACCAUUUACUUUUACCUUGAUUUACUUUAAUUAGAAAACUUUUCAACCAAAACCGAGUCGCUAGAUAAUGAUUCAAAUUACCGAUGUAGGGGUACACGGACCGGCCCGAGUCGAUAUUUAAACAUACUUGCCUUGUACUGCACCCGAGUAAGGUUUAUACUUGGACCUUAGGCAGGAAUUAUUUGUGGUAUUCGGAACGAGUUAGUUUUCCCUACAUUAACCUAGAUAGAUGGCUUAGAAAGCCCUAGGAAUCCCAACUCAAUUGAGCCUCCCUUGAAGGGGGGUCUUCCCUCUCUAAUCUAGGUUAAAAUGGCCAAUUAGAUUGCUAAGCACAAACAUGCACAAUCAACCUGAAAAAUACCUCAAUCAUUGAAUUAAACAACACCCAUAAACAAUCAUUCAAUUCACAAAACAAAAACUACAUGGUAGAUACUUAGGGUUUCACAACACCCAAGUGAAAAAGGAAACUACUCCAUGCUAGAAAGGGGAGAAACACAAGAGGAAGAGGUAGAAACCAUCACUAAGAUGCUUCCAAUCUUCUUUGAACUUGUGCUGAACUUCUCUUGGGGAGAAUCUUCCCAAUUCACCACUUGGAGCAAACCCUAGCCUUCUUUCUUCCUUGGUUUGUUCUUUCUCUCUCUAAAAUAUGAAGAAGGCACUUUAUCACUCUUGGGCUCUCCCUUCUCUCUUCCUUUCAGCUCUCAUUUUAAACAGGGAUCAUGCUCAGUUCACGUCCUAGGUUCACGGUCGUGAACUCAAGUUUGGCGUCGAAACGCACUGCUUCGCUUACACAGGUUCACGAGCAACAACUCCAGUUCACGGUCAUAGUGACCGUGAACUCACCUCGCGUUAGUAACUUAAGAUUUGGCCCUGGACGCCUUGGUGUUCACAGGCAAGAGAUCCUCUUCACGAUCUUAGUAGACCGUGAACAUCCAAGAGAAACUGUGAACUGCCAGUUUUUCACCUCUUCUCCAGGUUUUCGCUCAUUUUAGUCACACUUUCGACUCUGGGGCUAGUUUCACCUGUUAAAUCCUAAAACAUGCUAAAACACAAGAAACCUCGCGUAAAACCACCCGGUUAGGAGCACAAUUGCCACAAACGCCUAAGGAAAACGAGGGCAAAAUAUGUACAAUUAGGCCCGAAUCAUAGCCCCAAUCGAUGGACAAUGUUGAGAAAUGGAAACGGAUAUGGAAUCUGGACAUCCCCCUAAGCUCAAGUUAUUUAUUUGGAGAUGUGACAGGAACAACCUGGCAACAAAAUAGAGACUCUUACAUAGGAAAUGCUCCCCCAACUCUACGUGCCAAGUGUGCCAAUGCCUCCACUAAGUCCCUCUUUUAUUGCCUUUUUUUGUGUCCCCGCGCUAGGGUUUCAUGGAACAUUGUUUUUCCAAACCUUCCACUGCGCCUCAUACUGUUGCUUUCCUUGAUUGGUUGUUCUCCAUCAAGGAUUCUAUCCAUCCAGGAGCCCUGAAUCAUGUUCUAUUCCUCUGUUGGAAUAUUUGGAAGGCUAGAAAUGAUGUGUUUUCAAAAAUCGGAUCCCUUGGCAUCCGAAUGUGAUUUUGCAAACUUACAAGGAGUUCAUUGAAUGUACAACUUGCCUGAGGAGCCCCCCACCGAUUGUCCUUUACUCAGCUAGGUGAACCCACUCACUCAUUUCCCCUUCGCCAAGCAAUCAUAAAUUGGUGAUUCACUGUGAUGGGUAGUUCUUAAGAGACUCCCAGUCGACGACAUAUGGUGUUGUGCUCAUUAACCACUAUGGACAAGUUUGUGAUGGGCAACCUGACACUCUCCUUUGUUCCACCCCUCUCGAAGCCGAAACAAAAGCUCUUUUGAAAGGUCUCAACUCUCAAAUUAGCUCAAGACUGUUAGGUGCUAGGUAAAACUCUUGAUCAAGAUCCUCGAAGUUGGCCAUAGCGGAGGAUCCGCCUGGAUUGGAUCAAUGAUCUUAAUCCUUCGAGCGAAUCCCCAAGUGAAAGUCAAGGCAGUUUCACGUAAAUACAAUAUUAGAACUGAUUGGAUUGCAAUAUCACUUGCUAGAUCUUCUCUCCCAGUUAACUAAAUUAGUAUUCUUGACUUAGGACUUGUUUGCUUGUUGGAUUUGAAAAUGAAGGUUUUUAGUUUGGAUUUAUGAUGGAUUUGUUUCAUUUGGUAUUUGAAAGAUAACAUUGUUUGUUUAGUUGAUUUUGAUCAUGGAUUUAAAGAUUUUUGUACCAUGGGUCUCAACUCCUUGCCUUCAAUGACCAAAUACCAAAGGAAAUGUGGUAUUUGCAAAUACGUGGGGUCCACGAAUUUGGGGCUAAAAAAAUUGUCCAAAUUCGUAGGCCCCACGGAUUUGUAUGCCUCAACAAAUAAUGUUUUUAUAUCAAAUAAGUAAUUUAUGAUUUCCUUUGAUAAGUGUAAUAUUGUUUUCUCGAGUUGGAAGUGGAAUAAAAGAUUAAUUUUACU